CUUUGUAAAUAACUACGUGAUUCUUAGUUAUUAAUUAAAGAACAUUGAUACAUGAUUACGUGCGAUCGUUCGCCAAUUUUCUUUAAUUAAUAACUAAAAAAUUCACGUAGUUUGCAAAAUAAUAUAAGAAUUUUUUAUUUAGUUUGAUCUAAUCUACAUGUGCACGAGAGUUUUAUAUGUUAUCAGCGGACACCGUUACAUACUUGCGAGUCACAGUUCACAUGAGCGCAAGUCUCGUUAUCGCCGUGCACGAAGCGCGAAGGCCACGGCCACGUUUUGGCCUGAUCGACGAGUUAUGGUGCAUUCGAUUUCAAUGGUAACAUCGUGGCAACACUCUGCAACCCAAUCGAGAUGGACCAUCGGAUCCGUGGUAGUACCGGUCGCGGCGACCCCGCGCGACGGCCGCGACUGCGGUCGGCCGAACCGCUACCCCGUCCGCGCGAUCGUCGCAGUUGCGGAAAGGAUCUCGUUCGGCUCACGUUGCCGAAGAGGAGCAUCUGGGAGCACCGUGAGCGGUCGACGAGGCACGAGAGCAGAGUCGCGCAUCGCUCGCAUAUACGCGCGACGACGUGAUCGAUUACGUGUUGCAUCAGCAGCGUACACGACGAUGGCGACGGUCCGCGUGUUGUUCUUCCUCAGCGUAACAUUCCUGGCGUUCGGCGGGAUCAACGCCGCACCGAGAAAGUACGAUCAGCGGCAAGAAGGCGAGUUCAACGUGCACGCCCAGUUGGAGAACUUCCUCUUCGUCAUAGCCAUUCCCAGCAAUAACGACGUUUUGAGUGAGCUCGCGCUGCAGGCGCUGGAGCUCAAGCACCACCUGGGCUCAUCCAACGGCAUUAUCUCGCCGCUUCCGUCGAAAGAUCAUGAGUCGGACGCGACAUUCGGUGAGUCCAAUGACGAGGAGGUCUACAUCACCAGCACCACUACGGACGCUGUACAGAUAAGCGAGGAUCGUCCGGACAAGAAAGACCCGCCGCAGAACGCGGGAGAAGAGAACACGGAAGUGUCGAGCAUCUCCAGUCAACAACAGCAAGCCACAACAGUAUCGACCGACGAGAAGACACGGGGAGAAAAAGCUGAAGACGUCGUUAGAGCGGCCAAGAGCGCUAAAAGCUUCAAGCCGACGAAAAGCCGCGAAAUGCCGGUGAUUUUGGGAUACCUCGUGGACCCGAGAACUCUCGGCUUCGAGAUGGAGGACGGUGGUCGGGCUCGGAAUGUAAUUAGGAACGUCUGGAAUUCCGAGGAGUCCGGCAGGCCGGACACGUCAAUGAAGAAGCAGCUGUUUCGAAGGGGGCUCGAUGAGCAGGACAUUGCGCCUUCGCUCGACACCGAUGAGAACAACGCGAUGUUCGUCGGGGAAAAACAACAAGAGCUGAGGCUGCUGGGCGACGGUAUUGAGAACUGCGGCCCGGGGAGACGACGCGACGCGUCUGGUCUCUGCGAAUUCGACGAGUCUGAUGACUCUUUUGUCUAGUUCUAAGCUGAGCUCGCGGUCGAUCGUCGAGCAAUGUUAUACUCGACAAAACGCUGCGUAUGCGAGAGGAUGGCUUCAAUUUUGUAUAAAUCGGCGUGCCCCAAGCUGAACACGCUAAAUAUAUCAGGAUGUUUCAUCAUCGAAUAAAAUACAUAAAAUGACAA